AUGCCACUUCCGGAUCCGGAGUAUCCGGACCCGUUAGCACCCAAAGCUUUGUCACUGUCAGGAUCAGUCAUUGAUUCGCCGCCUCCUGAGACAGAUGACCCAGUGCCGCCGCCAACUGGUGACCAAUACGACUGGGACAUCGAAGUUGUACAACCGCAUCCAGACGCAGUGGAGAGCGCACUUAUAGGCAUAGAUCCGUAUUCUGACGUGAAAGACGAUGGACUGGUAUUCGAAAAAAUUGAUCGCCAAUCUGAUGCCAAACAAGAUUAUGUCGACCUCCACAUUGAUGUCCGCAAGCCCAUUGUUCAAGACCCUGUCGACAACCCGUAUGAUGACCCUUAUGCCAAUAUGGAGGAUAUCGUGCGAGACGAGUUGAAAACUUCGGCACAGCAAUAUGGUGAAGACAAAGGAUUUUCUGCCCUGCCCAAGAGUAAUUUAAACCUCGAAUUUACUCCAUCAUUUUUAAAAUCCGAUGGGGAUCAUGAUCCUGGUAUUCCCCGCGAUACUCCAAGGAAGCCAUAUGACCACAACAUUCCUGUGUUCCCUGACUCCGGAGUAUGCCGCAACCCCUGGUACGUUUCCGAUUCCUUUACCACUACCAUAACUCCACCCCCCUCCCCGCCCCCAGACACGGACCAUCUGCCCCCGCCAGACACCGUCAGGGAAAUGCUCCACUGGAUGGUUGGAUUGAAUCAAUAUGGGUAUGUUGCGAUUAUUAAAAAGCAUAUUGAAGACCUUUUGAGGGAGCUUAACGAGGAUGCCUCACAGCUCUCAGAUGCCCUCGAGGUCACUGGGGAUCCCACUCAGCUGACCGCUUCCCAUAUCUCCAACACUCUGACACAGGCGUGUCUCUACUCUGCCAGCGUUCUCCACAGGAUUAGGUAUAAAGACAUUUCGACAGCUGUUUCAACCCUUGACUUCAGCUCAGAAUAUUCCAAGCUUUAUUAUGCCUCGGACCCCGCCCGCCUCCUCUGCCAGCUGCGGGACUACGUCUACGCCUGCUAUCACCAGCUGGCGUUCCUGAGGUCACAGUGUUCUCGAGGGGAAUCUGAUGGUGGCUGGCAGGAUUAUAAGUAUGGAAAUGGUGCCAAAAUUCCGUCCCCCCUCCAGGCCUUCCUGACUGACGGCCCCGACUCCAAGUUCCAGACUCAUCCCUUCGACUCGUGCAACAUCUGCCGCAAGAGCCGUGUCAACAUGGGAUUCAAGCACAGUGAUUUGCCUGUAUCUCAGCAAACUGGCAACAUUCUUCUCACCAUCCUCACUCCCACCUGCGGCGGCGAGGAUCCCCUGCUGACGCUGUGCUCUUACCUCAACUGCCUCACCAGGCGAACGCCGCGCACCGCCGGGGAGCUUGUCUCGUUCUUCCACAAUUUCGGGAAUGAGCUGCACAAUGGAUCUUCAGACUUGUCCAAGCUGGGUUCCGUCCUCUCCAGUCAGCAUGGCCACUGCCCCGACUGGGACCGUCUCAAGGACUCCGACCUCCAAGUCAUCAAGGACGCCAGGGGCUCCGCCCCUCCCAACUCCAACCACAACCACGACAAGGACCAUCCCAACACACUAUCCUCUCUACUUGGCUGCGACAUCACCAAUGCCCAGUGCCCACAGCAUAUGAAGCCCAUCAACUACCGGGCCUACGCCCUGUACUCUUCCAGCUUCGCCCACCACUACCUCAGCUGGGUGGUCCACCUACCUGACAGACUCUGGGACUCGCUGCUCAAGUUGCGCUGUGAUCUCGAGAACCUUCAAUGUCACGACUCCAAGUGCUUAUCUCUCCAACAGUGUCCUAAGGCCCUGCCCCUCCUCUACUCUCACGGGUUCACUCCACCAGAAGGGACACUGCAGCCGUCACUCAAGUGUUCCAAGGUCAUCACCAAUCUGGAGGAAGUGGUCUCAGGAAAGCCUAUCGCAAGCCUCAUGACUGCCAUGGACGAUUUCCUCCACGGCAUACGGAUGCCCUUCCUCUACACCGUCGGCACACUCUGGCUCAUCGCCACUCUCUACAUCGCCCACUCACUACUGUACCGCAUGGACGUCCUGCGCAUCCGCUCCCACCUCCUCACCACCAGGGCCUCACACCUCAUCGACGUCAAGGCGCUGCUCGCCGGCAGCCGCAGGAUGCUCUCACUCUACCGUGACGUCGAUUACUUCGACGAUGACUCUCACUCAUGA